CUAUUUCAAAAGCCUUUCUCUUUCCUCCUUCCUCACCAUACUUUCUUUCCUCCUCCCCUUCUUCUCCUCCUUCAUAUAAACUGAAUUUCCAAUUUCUCAAUGACCGGAACCUACGAAUCGAUUGUGAAUUGGUCAGACGGAUCUGAAGACGAGCUCGUUAGAGAGCUUCUUGAUGACGAUUCGCCCUUCUUCGUUCUGCCUAACACCGUCGAAUCUAUUCCCGACCUGGGUCUUUCACCGAAACCCGUUACGAACCAAAUCAUGAUCUUCUCCGGGCCCACCAUCGAUGAUAUCGAGAGCGCAUUAUCCACAACACAUCGAAAUCUGGAUAUCAACGAACAACAUACCAGUCCUCGACCAACAAUUUCGAUGAUGGAGAAGAGAUUGAGCAAGAUGGAGAAUAAGUACACAUUGAAAAUCAAGAGCUGUGGGAAUUCAAUGGCAGAUGAUGGUUAUAAGUGGCGGAAAUAUGGGCAAAAAUCUAUCAAGAAUAGCCCCAAUCCAAGGAGUUAUUACAGGUGCACUAACCCAAGGUGCAGCGCGAAAAAGCAAGUCGAGAAGUCCACUGAAGAUCCAGACACCCUGAUCGUCACCUACGAAGGGCUCCACCUCCACUUCGCUUACUCCCACUUCCUCUUGACCCGGCCAAGCGAUUAUUCCAACGACCUCCACCCCACCAAAAGGCCCAAAAUCCUAACCACACCCGAACAAGCUCAAGCCCAUCCAAGCCCACAAGUGGACCCCACGACAAUCGUGCCACAACAAGACCCAUGUGGGGAGGUGGCCAGCCCCAUUGGGACCCCACAAGGGUUGCUAGAAGAUGUUGUGCCCUUAGUGAUUAGAAAUCCAUUGAACAACCAUGCAUUUCCAAAUGAGCUUUGUAUGUCUCCUUACCCAUCUUCUCCUCCAUCUUCUUCCUCUUCUUGUGUCUCUUGGUCACCCAAUUCAACUUCUUUCGAUGUGGGUGUUUUUUCUAGUAUUUGGUGAGUUUACAACGAAAGAAUAGAAGGUUGUGGUGGUCUUUUUUCUUGGGAUUCUUGAGCUAUAUUGGAGGAGAAAUAUUCACAUACAACCUUGUACCUUCCUUUUCUUUCAUGCCAACAUGUCACUUGUGUAGAACAUUUAAUCCAUGCAAAAGGUGAGCCACAACAUAAGAUUGAAAUCCAAUCAAUUGGGGAGAAAUGGUGCGGCCCACAUUUUGCGACGGUCUAUGAUUAGUGGGAAAAAGUGUCGUGUGUAAGAGUUAACCCGACGUUCUAUAUAUGUGAACAUCUCUCAUAUUAGAAAUGAGGUGAAUGCUAAUGACUCUUUGUAAGUGUUUUCCAAGAAAUGAUGAAUAUGGAGUAGUGAAAACGAUAGGAUGGAAUAAUAGAAAUGGAUGUACAGUUAUGAUCA